AAUCCAUACCCUAAUACUCGAUUCUGGGACGCCGACGUGAUCGGCGCCGAGGACCUAGAGAACUAUCGCGUUGGAGGCUAUUUCCCAAUUGCCCUCCAGUCAACGCUAUGCAUCGGCCGCUACAAAGUUCUCCACAAGCUCAGCGGCGGCUCAUCCACACGCGUGACCUCCAAGAUGGGGUAUUGUUGCUAUCAAAGUCCUCGGGGUAGACCGGCGAGAGACCGUGAACAACGAGCUCUUCAUGGUCGAGCGACUGGGAUCCUUUCCAACCGAUACGGGCGCACUGCUGCAUUCACAUCUCCCGUUAUCCACCUUUCUGGAAACGAGCCCGAAUGGGGAGCAUACUUGUCUCGUCCAGCCCCCGAUGGGUCCCAGGCUCAAACCAAAUGUUACGUCGUCGUGGAUGGAGGGAAGGGUCAUUUCGAGUGAGAGCCCAACGAGUACCCGUUCUGGCCCGGCAAGCGGCUCAGGUUCUCCGCCUGCUUCACUGGAUGAGAAUCGCGCUUCAUGACAUCACGCUCUCCAAGUGGGCAUUCCCUCUCCCCGAAUCCGUGCGAACAUGGACCGAUGAGGAGGUGUACCGUGUCCUUGGAUCCCCGGACGUGGCGCCAGUGAGCACGGUGGAUGGAUCCGAACCGGGCCCACAUGCACCAGCCGAGGUGGUAGCACCCGCAGACAUGUCAGGUCUCGCAAAGGCAUUGAAAGAGUCAAUCGUGUGCAUUGAUGUCGGAGAUGCAGUGCAGCUUGACGAAGGCCCUCUUCAGAGGCAUCCCACCCCUGGCCUUGACAUAUGGUCUUUCGCUUUCUUGAUCUUCAAUAUUCUCAGUGGCUACCCCCUUAUCGAACCUUUCUGGGCCAAUGAGCAAGGUGUUCUGCGGCAGAUGGAGAUACUCCUCGCCAAGCCUCCCGGUUCCUUUCGAUCACGAUUGAUCGACCACGAUGCAAUCUUGUCGGCGGAAGCAGCCAGGAAUACUCAAAAUUGGGCUAAGCUGGAGAGACAUCUGCGGGGUGUUGGCACUCGAGACGAGUCUAGGGCUUCUAUGUAUGUGGAUGCGGGUAGAUUACCGAUAUUGGCCCGCUUGGAUACUCGACUUACCGAGGAAGACGUGCAGACUUGGAAAACGCUGCUGUCAAAGAUGCUGGCCUAUAUGCCAGAUGAACGGCCCGAUAUCGACAUGGUCUGUGCGUGGCUUGAGAAGCCUGGCGAAAUAACCAUGUCUGAUUAA